GCAGGCUUUGGUCAUCAUCGUGAUGUCCUAUCCUCUUCCAAGAAGAUUGACAAGCGCUCCUUGUCACGGGCCAUUGACAUAAACGCUCAAUGUCAAGACGUGGGGGCCCUCCACGAUCCACGACACAUCAGACCAGGUCGUCCUCCAGACGACGUACGCGUUCCAUCUCUCGUCGCCAUCGUCGUUCUUCAAGAUCCCCAGCUCAUCGUCCUCGCAGCCAUCGACCUCUUCGCCAACGUGGCAGAGAAGGAUCGCCCACAGGUCAUCACAACCUUGAAUACUCAGCUUCCGGAUCCUGUUGAAGAGGGCAUUCGCAAUGUAGCUGCGGGCAUCCCAACGGACUGCUGCACUACAAUGGUACAGAUCUUGGCGGGAGCAGGACUUCUUGACAAGGUGGAUCUUACUAUGGCACGGUGCUUGGUUCUUCCAAAAACGGAGAAGUUUGCCUUGGUCAUCCCUAUGCCGGAAAUCCCUUUGUUCCAGCAAAAGCCUCCUUUUGGAGGGAAAACAGCUUACUCCUGGGCCUUGGUUCAUGGAACUGGCAUUCAAGCGGCAAAGGCCAUUCUAUUGGAGGGAUUGGUGCGCCCGGCUGAUUGGAGCUACCGUGAGGACCUCAGUAAAUGUGAACUCCCCACUUUUGGAAGCUUCUACGAGCAUUGGAUCGUGGAAGUGGUGGACGGACCACCGGUGGAGAAGAUGCAGGAGUGGGAGUGCAAGGCUGUGUAG